AUGGCUGCUUUCAAGGCUGUGGCUUUUCAAAGUCUCGCGUGUGUGUGGUUUUGUGUAUCAACUGCUGCCGCUGUUCAGAACUGCAGUCUAGUUAACUGUAAAUUAUUGCCAGUUGGAGAAAAUAUCGCAUCAGAAUUCAGGCUUAAGGCUUCUGAGAAAGGUGUGAGAAUGAUCUACUUGAAUCUAAAGAUCGGUAACAACAGCUACAGUCCGCUGGAGUUGCAAGACGAGUUUAAACCUGACAGAUGGGUGUGGGCUCGGUCAAAUAAAGAACCCAUGCUUUCUUUGCCGUACGACUACGACAUUUUAUCACUGGGCCUGCUCAAUUACCAAGUGCGAGGCAUGACAGUGCCUCUGAGAGAUGAACCGAGUGGAUGCCUUGCGGGAUUAAACUCAACAUGUCAGAACAUGGCCGUCGGAAGAACACUAUUGGACAAUGUAACAAGUGAAGGCGGCAACACUGGGGUGGUCUGUGUUGCAGUGAUAGGGGAAAUUGAACGUGCGUAUUCUGACACCUGGUCUAUAAAGUAUCAUUGUUGCAGGCUCAAUGCGUCAAGCAUUAACUGUGAUCUUCCUGUCGAGGGUAGCAACUGGUACCAAGCGAUAGGAAACUUUCUGCUUUUCUUAGCUGUCGUCCUAACGUCAUAUUUCCCUGCACUUCCUAUGCUGUUGCCAGACUAUAUUUUCAAUCUUCAGUAUGAAUGUGAGAGAGAAGGUAACACUGAUGAGCUAACUAUUCAUGCAAGAAAUGAAUACGAGAAAAUUCCUGAGAUUGAUGUUGUGAAAGAAGACGGACAGAAGUCAUCUCAGGUCUUAGAUGAAAUUCCUGUAGAUGACGCCAGUCCGGUAACCUGUUCAACGGCUUUGCUGGGAUGUGUUCAAGAGCUGCCCGAUGUAAAGAUGUCGUUUAACCUUAAGUUAGCGGUUUUGCUGUUUUGUAUUUUUCCAUUUGGCCUCUAUGUAAAUGUCGGUUUAUUCUUUGUCCUCAAGGAGAAAUACUUCGAUGAAAUCUUAAGGAAGGCUCCACCGGGAACUAAGUUUGAACUUGAGGUUUUUUUCACUAUCUUCAUAUUGCCUCCUAAUGGACCCUUUACAUACUUUUUAGCAGCCUUAUUAACUUUAACGCGUUUGAUAGCAGUUUUGUUUUUAAGGCCAACGGAUUUAUUCCUCAACCAGGAUUUUAAGUGUUGGCAAUGUAAAUUCGCCAGAUGCCUUUUCUGUUUACCUAUUGCAGCAGAAAACAAAGAUUCACGAUGUAAAUUCGCCAAAUGCCUUUUCUCUUUACCUAUUACAGCAGAAAACGAAGAUUCUGUAAGUAUUGGAGAUAACAUGCUCCAUCACUUAAAUAUUAUCCAGAAAGUGGCAUACUUGCUGAUGGUUAGAUUUCUUAACCAAUAUAAGAGCGGUCUACAGAAAUUAGGAAACAUUUCUACCUGUUGCUUAAGGGUGAAUCAUAACGGAUCACGUAUAAGACGAGCGCUUUUGAGGUUGUGGAUUCUAUUUUCUAGUUUGGUCACGCUGUUUCUUGCGAGUCUUGUUUGGGCAGUAAUCGUUUCGUUUUCCUUUUCUGUUUCAUUACUAAUUAAUCUAUUUUUUUUUUCACCAGUUAGUACUUUGUUCAUGAUCUGCAGUAGAAUUAUUACAUUCAAGAUCAUCAGAUCAAUUCGGGCUCACUUUACCAGCAAAUUACUGUCAAUAUUUUUGUCGGGGCUUUUUACUCUUUUUGCUGUAGUAUGCAACUUCUUGAUUCCAGUUGCUUUCUUCUUCGAAGUAUUUAUGCUUUGUUCCUUUUUCGUCGGAAUAUUAGGAUUCACAAUCAUGGGAUUAGUUCUAAACGUUGAAACUGUAACUCCUUAUGCAGCUUUCUUCGUCGUUGUCGUAACAAAUAUUUACUUCUGCUACGCUAAUUUGCAGAAGAGUUACAUGGAAGUCAAAGGAUUUAUCUUAAAAUAUUGGCAACAGAAAAUGCAAGCAACCCUUAACAGCGAACAUAGCACAAUUCCAGCCAAGCUGUUUUGGUUCGUAAGUGAUAAAGUGUUUCCUGUUAAAACUAAAAUCUGCCUAAUGCUUGGUGAGGUGGCUGUUAUUGUCACUUUUCUGUUUUUGACGAUAUCUUCAAUCAUUUUCUUCAAAAAUGAGUAUGAAAUUUCGACACUUGUUUCCACCAUUGCCGUUUUUUUAAGUGGGGCCAUUCCCAGCUUGUUUUUUAAAGGGCUAACAAAAGGCAAGAGGUUUACUGGCUGGAGGAAGAUCAAACUGAAGAAGAAAAUUGAGGCGGUAGUGACAGAGUACGUUCGAGACACAGGCUGUGUUGAUGUAAACAGAGAAACCGAAGAGCAGGGAAGCCCCUUCCAAACUGAUGAUAAUACAUAGUUGACAGUCAUGGUAGAAGAAAGCCUUUCUAGUUGCGCAAGUCGGAUAGAGCAAUUUCUCAUUUUAAAAAUGCUUUGGGGUUACAUUAAUAGUUGCUUUGAACAGGGGCACCCAACGACGAUAUAGUUCAAAACCACUUAACAUAGCAUUGUUGAACGUAUUUUAGUAUUUAAAGGGUAGAUAUAGGCAUAUUUUUAUCCCCUAAAAACUUUUCAUCUGUUCGGAUUUCCUAGCUGAAAGUCUAGUGAUCCGAAAAUUAUAGGGAUCAAAACUUACCUUUUCGAAAAUUUCAGCCAGGUAAAGGCUCCCGAAAAUUCUAGGUGGCCUUUUUUAGGGUAAAAUCCGUUAAAAGUGGGUAAUUAUACCAUUUUGAAGAUGUUCGAAAAUCUUAGGAGAGGCAGGCAAGCAAGAAAUUUUACAAGAAAUGUUCCGAAAAUUCUAGAUCUCAAAUCGUCUUCCGAACAGAUAUUUUCCGAAAAUUGCCGUUGGGUGCCCCUGUUUGAAGCUAAGAUUCUUUUUAGUAAAGAAUUAUUAUUAAGGGUGCGUAUUUAUGAAAGUAAGCAUAGAUUAAAAACUGAACAUCAAAUCCGUUAGUAGAAAACAUCAACGAGUUUAUUGGCCGGAUCUUUAACAAAGAUCUGGAUUAGUAAAAAUUAAGACGCAUUUGACUUGAAGCGAAAGAAAAAUGAUCCUCAAGGAAUAGAGGGUGAAAGUGAUGAUACAAUUAUAUAGGAUAUAGAUAUUUUGAUGUUUACUCCUAUUUUUUUUAUCCUUUUAUCUUGGCCGUACUCAAGUACUUUGAUUAGUUUUUAACGAAAACUUGGUCUUCCUGCGAUUUUCAUAACAUUUUCUGAUGCGGUAUGCCAUCGGCAGGAGCCCUUACCUGUAAAGAAGAAAGUAACCAAUCAUAUAAUAUCAAAACAAGGACCAGGGUGCUAGAGGUGCGUAAAGAGUUAUCCCUAUUAACAGUGUUUAUCAGUCAGAUAUUCUUAAAGAUUUCCAGAUUGAAUAAUUAAUUAAAUAUCAAUAGUAAUUAAAUCAGUUUGGUAACGUGUGCAUGAUGUUGUUCAGUUCUAAACUAAUCCCUGUAAUGAGACGGCAUUAAAAUUGUAGUUGGUGUAUAUGCAUGGAAAGCCAUAACUGUCUUAUGAUAUUUUUAUUUUCUUAUCCGUGGUACUUUUCUCAUCAUCCUCGGUACUUGUAUCAUUAUAUUCGGUGCUCUGGUUGCUAUAAUUGGUGCCAGUGACCUGGGUUCUUUAUCCAAGGUACUCGGUACUUUCCACUCUAUACCCGGUGUGCAAGCCAUUACACUCACUGCUACCCCCUUUAUACUCAGUGUGUUUGCUAUUAUAUUCGGUGCUUAGAUCAAUUUUAGUGGUGUAGCUUUCUUUAUAUUCGGCGGCUAGUUUGCCAUGCUCAGUGCUUUUUUCGUAGUCAGUUUACACCUGAUUCUGUUCAGUUUGGCAUCUGGUUAGGUGCAAACAUCUUGCUACUCGGUGCAAACAACUUGCUACUCGAUGAAGCAUAUAUCGAAAAAUCGUCCUCAAGUGGUCUCGACAAACUGAGACGGUCGAGUACGCAUCUCGUGAGAGAGAUGAAUCGAAACCCGGGAUGAAAACACUGCUUCCUUUUCUGAAAAACAUUAUGGAAGAGAGCGACUUGAAUAAUUUUUAAGUCCUCAUAGUUUUCUUCGAUCCUUGCAAUAGCUCCAUAAGGCAAUUUCAGUAAGUUUAUCGCGAUUCGGAGGCGAUCGAAGGUGCGAUUUUAGGCGGCGAUUUCCUGCUUCUCAGCAGAUUUUAUGUACUGUUUUGUGCCGUGUUUAUAUGUAUAUUUUUAUCCCAGAGUUACAGAGAUCUGUAGAUCGUACCUGAAUUUGCUUAAUUCGUCCAUUAGUAAUGUUUGAUGGACUUUAUUAUCUUGCAUCGUUUUCAUGACAAUUAUAUCUUCAUCAACAAGUUUAUAUUAUUUUGCAAACAGUGCCUGUUUGUAAUCCGUAUAAACAAAUAAAUCUUUUAUCAGGCAUGGGAUAAACAGACCACAAGAGCCGUACAGUUCAGUAAUUCCCAUAAUGGGAAUCUCACCGAAGCUACAGUCGCAGAGAUAAACCGGCACGAUCGCUUUACGGUCGUUUUGAUCCAAAGUCGUUUCGAUACAAGUCCAUUCGAUACAAACUGAAAUCGUUUCGAUCCAUCUUCAAAGUCGAUUCGAUCCACAUAGAAAGUCGGUUUAAUUCAACAACUUACCGUAUUAAAAAAGUCCCAAUUUCAUCUUUUCAACAGGCAUCAAAGAUCCAACAACUGCUCCCGUUCCAAAGUCGAUUGAAAGUCGAAAUUCCCAGCCAGGCUAGGCGGGAAGAACGGCUGAACCGCUUCAAGUUCAAAAAGGCGUUCCUAAUUGAUUCAGACGCCGAAUUUUCAAUGUACUUAAUUCAAUGUAUUAGGUUCCGCUCAUGAAAUUUUGGCUUCUGAACCAGGCCUAAGAACCUUCUUUUAGAACAUGCUUUUAAAAAACAUUUACCUCAGGCUGAGAGUCAUUUAGAACAUUUUUAGACUAAUUUUGGCGAUUUUUAUACGGGGAAUGCAAACUCACGCGAGAAAGUCGCUUUCCUCCCCCAAACACCCUUGUCUACAAUACCAGAAGUUAUAUACUUCUGACAAUACUUACAGUUAAAUUUGCGAACCUUUCUCCUUUUGUCUUGUUAACAUUUUGAUUCAAAGCAUCAUUUGAUCUCCAAAAACUAUUUUCAGCUAUAUAACUAAAAUUAUGAACUGUUGUGUUCUGGACGUUGUCUUGGCCUUUUACUUAAAAACGUCGAAAUAUUUUCAGAUACAAGCAAGUUAUAAGGUCUUGUAAUGUCGUAGAGACAAUAUUUCUGAGAACAUGAGAACUGGUUUUUUUCCAGUUUAGAGAUUCUUCAGGAGCCAGAAGCACGUAAGGAUUAGCUGAAAUGGAGAGAUUUUAAGUAUCUUGAAACUUUUUAACGUUUAAUAUUUAUCUGCCGAUUAGUUGAGACGGUUGAUGGUAAAAAAAACUACCUUUUUUGACGGCUGACCGUUAAAUUUUUGGUCUUUUGUGACUGUAACCUCAUAGAGACUCGCCCAUAACUACCACCUCUCCACAACGGCCGCUUUCUUCUGUCCCCAAGGUGGUGGUCUGCUACACAGCCGUUUUUAGUGUCGUCGUGACGACACUAAAAACGGCUGAUCAAAAAUUUGUUACCCUAUUUCAGACCUGACCGUUAAAUCAAUACCCUGCUUCAGACCUGCCUUAUAAUCGGUUGCCUAGGUCAGACCAAUGUUAAAGGCAAUGUUUAUACGCUUUUAUUACGUAGGAUACAAACCUGUACUGUUACGGCACAUACAUGGCUGGCGUAAACAUUAAAAGGGAAAUGGUCUUAUCGCCUAAUGAUGAAGAAGUAGCUUCUUCUACAAAAACAUCCCCAAUUCAAGACUAGAGUGCACAAACUAUACCCUAUUUCAGGCCAAAAUGGUCAAAAUUGAUACCCUAUAGCUAUUUCAGACCAAAACGGCUAAAAAACCAUACCCUUUAACGCCGCACAUACCUAUAUAGCCUAUAUAAGGGAGUACCCCCGGGGGGGGGGGUCCACCAGCUAAAAGACAAAGGGCUCUUUGUUUUCUGGAAUGGCUUAGUCAGUAAAUUUGAAAAACAAAAAGUCGCAACCAAAUGAUAUUAAAAAUUGAAACUAAAAAUAUGGCCGCUUUCAAUGCCCUGGUUUUUCAAAAUCUCACGCGUGUGUGGUUUUGUGUAUCAACUGCUGCCGCUGUACGGAACUGCAGUCUAGUUAACUGUAACGUACUGCCGGUUGGAGAAAAUAUCGCAUCAGAAUUCAGGCCAAAGGCUUCUGAGAAAGGAGUGAGGUUGAUCUACUUGAAUUUAAAGAUCGGUAACAACAGCUACAAUCCGCUGGAGUUGCAAGACGAGUUUCAACCCGACAGAUGGGUGUGGGCUCGGUCAAAUAAAGAAUUCAUGCUUUCUUUGCCGUACGACUACGACAUUUUAUCACUGGGCCUGCUCAAUUACCAAGUGAGAAGUAUGACAGUGCCUCUGAGAGAUGAACCGAGUGGAUGCCUUGCGGGAUUAAACUCAACAUGUCAGAACAUGGCCGUCGGAAGAGCACUGUUGCAUUUGGACAAUGUAACAAUGGAAAGCAACUCUGGGGUGGUCUGUGUUGCAAUGAUAGAGAAAAUUGUACAUAAGCAUUAUGACGCCCGGUCUAUAAAGUAUCAUUGUUGUAGAAAAUAUCGUUGACAAUAUUGUUGGAGAAAAUAUCGCAUCAGAAUUCAGGCUUAAGGCUUCUGAGAAAGGUGUGAGAAUGAUCUACUUGAAUCUAAAGAUCGGUAACAACAGCUACAAUCCGCUGGAGUUGCAAGACGAGUUUAAACCCGACAGAUGGGUGUGGGCUCGGUCAAAUAAAGAACCCAUGCUUUCUUUGCCGUACGACUACGACAUUUUAUCACUGGGCCUGCUCAAUUACCAAGUGCGAAGCAUGACAGUGCCUCUGAGAGAUGAACCGAGUGGAUGCCUUGCGGGAUUAAACUCAACAUGUCAGAACAUGGCCGUCGGAAGAACACUGUUGGACAAUGUAACAAGUGAAGGCGGCAACACUGGGGUGGUCUGUGUUGCAAUGAUAGGGGAAAUUGAACGUGAGUAUUCUGACACCUGGUCUAUAAAGUAUCAUUGUUGCAGGCUUAAUGCGUCAAGCAUUAACUGUGAUCUUCCUGUCGAGGGUAGCAACUGGUACCAAGCGAUAGGAAACUUUCUGAUUUUCUUAGCUGUCGUCCUAACGUUAUAUUUCCCUGCACUUCCUCUGCUGUUGCCAGACUAUAUUUUCAAUCUUCAGUAUGAAUGUGAGAGGGAAGGUAACACUGAUGAGCCAACUAUUCAUGCAAGAAGUGGAUACGAGGCAAUUCCUGAGAUUCAUGUUGUGAAAGAAGACAGACUGAAGUCAUCUCAGGUCUUAGAUGAAAUUCCUGUAGAUGACGCCAGUCCGGUAACCUGUUCAACGGCUUUGCUGGGAUGUGUUCAGGGGCUGCCCGAUGUAAAGAUGUCGUUUAACCUUAAGUUAGCGGUUUUGCUGUUUUGUAUUUUUCCAUUUGGCCUCUAUGUAAAUGUCGGUUUAUUC